AUGAACUCGACCAUCAACAACAACAACAAUUCGACCACAUCAUCGUUGAAUGACACUCUCGUUUGUCAUCCCAUUCUUCUAGCAAAUGGCAAUAAGAGUGAAGUUGGUCUCUGUGAUGAUGAAGUUUCAGCCAUUGUCAUUGCUGCCAUUGUUCUCGCUGCUCAUAUUCUUCUAUUACUCAUUUCACUCUCUGGGUUUAUCUAUAAAUUAAUUCAAUUAAAGAAAUUGUCCACUACCAAUCAUUCAAACCAACGACUUGAAAAGGUGAACUUCUUGACGGUGGCUAGGAAUCCAGCUCUCAUGAUUCUAGGAGCGUUAGCUGGGUUUAUUUACAAUGUAGUGAUUUCAGGACGAAUACUAAUUGGUCGAAAAAUUUAUCCAUGUUUCAUAUUUUCCUUAAUUUAUUAUUUAUGUGUUCCUACGUUGGCAAGUACAAUAAUUUUGAGAUUUAUUCGAUUGAUUGUGCUGUCGUGGUUGAAUAAUGUGAAAGUGAGAAUUGCAAAAAGAGAAAUGAUUCUGCCAAAUGUCAUUUUCAAAAAUAAGGACAUUCCAAUGAUUGAGGUGACAUCGUCGUCGAAUGAGGCUACUCAACCAAGCGAUGGCCAAUCUACUUCCGAAAAUAACAAGGGGAUGAACGUUAGUGCUUCUUAUCAGUCCAUUGCUUCUCAUUCUGAAGUUAGUUUAUCUUCAGCAUCUACCAGUGCUCUCGUUCCGCCUGUAAAAGAAAAUUUGACAACUGACAGCAAUACACAAAACCAAGCAACCACUAUUGCAAUACAUCAUGAACAUGACGAUGAAGAAGAAAUCAUACUCAAGAAAGACACCUUUUUAGAAAGCUUUGAAAAAGGAAGACUGUUAGAAUUGCUGAAAUUUUUAGUGAGCUCCAAAUUUAUUUAUCUUGUUUAUGGAGUUGUUUGUUUUAUUCACAUUUCAAUUUAUUUAAUUAUUGGAGGUGUGGAUUAUUACAACUUUACAAACGGAAUCAAAAAUUCCAAUAAGAGACAAGCAUUUGUGAUUGAUACAUUUUUAUUUUCCCCAUCUGGAUGUGGAACUGGUUCUUACAACACCACUCUCUUUAUCACCUAUUUGGGAGUUUACGCUGCUAUUGGAGUUGUUUUUGCAAUUAUUGCUCUCUUUAUGAAAAAAGAUAUUUGGUUUGUGAAAAUGGAAAUUAUUUUCACAAUGGUCAAUUGGAUUUUCUUUGCUUUACUGUAUGGAAUUCCUUCUCUCUUUACUCAGGUGACAACAUUAGUGGAUUACUAUGUUCCAGUUGCGAAUACUAUUGAAAUUGCAUGCAUGGUUGAUACGUUCAUUUCGAUCACUCUUCCAGUUUUUGUGUAUCAAAAAAUUGAUAAGAAAAAGAAUGAAUCAUCUUCCAAUCUUCCCAUGGAACCAUCAGCCUCAAAUUCACAACAACCUGCUGACCAUUCCAAUCACAUUCGAAAAAUUUUGACUAACGAAAAAUGGAAUUCUCUCUUUUUACAAUUCUCUGAAAAGUGUUUUGCUUCCGAAGACAUUUUAAUGUGGCACGCUGUGGAACAAUACAAGAAAGUUACCUCAGACAAGUUAAGAAUUGAACUCUUUCUGAAAAUUUGCGACACAUAUUUACGAAUUGGAGCACCACUCGAAUUGAAUAUUCCAAGAAAGGAAUUUGGAAUUCCAGAAAUUAUGGAAUUGUACAUGUCGUUGAGAAGUAGUCGACAAUUAUCGGCUCGAUCUCCUUCCAAUCGUUCACCAGCACGUUCUCCCAUGAAGGAUUUGACUCCUUCGGUGCCUCCCUCAAACACAAUUUCGAACCUUACUCCCAAAAUUGGUAAUUUGUCAAAUGCCAUGGCAACUACCAAUAGUGGCAUUCAACCAGUGAAUCCAGUCUCCAUGAACGCCUUCACUAGUGGAGAACAUCAUGCAACAACAACAAAUGCCAUACUUUCACCCUCAGUCUCAACACCUGCCUUUUCCAUUUCGAGUGAAAUUUUCAAUCGAGUUCAAAUAUGUUGUGAACACAACAUGCUUGAUAAUUUCACUCGUUUCGAAUUAGUAUACGAUUUGAAGAAUUCCGUUGAAUUGGGAUUCAAGAAGUGA